AGCAAUAACAACUUGUACAAGGCCAUUAGCAACUGCAGAUGCUGGAAUCUUGAGUAAAACACAAAGUGCUGGAGUAACUCAGCAGGUCAGGCAGCAUCUAUGUAGGGAAAGGACAGGCAACAUUUUGGGUCAGGACCCUGCUUCGGACACGAGGAAGGGUUCCAACCAGAAACGUCGCCUGACUAUUUCCCACAGGAACGGCUGCCUGAACCGCUGAGUUAUUCCAGCACUUUGUGCUUUACACAAUUAUUCAAUAACGUGCAUACAUAUCUAUAAUCCCUUUAUCGUAAAUAUCCCCAGGUGUAUUUUCAGACAAAAAAAAAUGCCACAAAGCCACAUAUGUACAUAUAGCACUGUGAAUCAAAAGGCUGAUCACAUAAGGGAGGAGACCUGCAAUGUGGUCUUACUUGCAAAUAAUCAAUGGUGUUAUCAGGUGCAACCAUUAGCAGUGCAAUCACAACCAGCAAAAUGGAGGACAGGUAACUUAUUCCCAAUUCUCUCACUAAGCAAUUACUCGAUUACUUAUUAGUGCCUCAACUUUUUUUUCCUGAACAAUUACUGACAUUUCACAAGGUCUUUAAUUGUUUCCUUUCUUUUGAUCCUGAAGUGCAUAAAGCUGACACAAGAUGGUUGACUGAAAGUCUGUAUCAAAGCUGGCAGCUGAGACAGACAGGCAACUGCCCAGUGGAUUUCUGAUGGCUGCCUCACCCAUCCUGUCUGAUUAGCAAUCUCAGCUCUGAUCUCGAGAGUGUCUGGGAGCUCAUGUUGUCAAUGCCAUGUAGGGUUUUCCUUUUGAUGCUAUAAAUCACACUAUUUAGUUAACUAUCCCCAACCCAUUUCAGACUUACUGGUCACCCCUUUUAUGUCAUUGGUCUCUCAUUCUCUUUCCCUUAAAUAUUUCCUACUUCCCAAUAUUUUUUGCACUUUUAACAACGUGUAAUAGAAGGACAAACUUGUGCAUAUGUGGGAAAACUAUGCAGUCGGAUAGAAGCAGACAAAUAUAAAAAUCCCAAUUUACUAAAGAAUCUGGAGCUACAGUAACUGCUGUUUACUGCUCUGCCAGUACCUUGUAAUUUUGCACACUUGAUUAAUGUUUUUAUCUGCAGGUUUGCUAAGCUGGAGCUGCUGUGAAGCAGAUGAAGUUCAGUUUGAAUUUUAUGGAACUCGUAAAACAAACUAAACAGCCAAAUUGCAAACAUCCAAAACUUAAACACGGCAUAAAAACACUGGGAAAUUGACUACCUAAAUGAAAAAUGAGCACAAACAAAGUAAAUAAAUGAAAGAGUUAAGCCCGUUUUAAACGACGGGCUGCAUUGGAGCAGGAGCUUGUGCACUGUGUAACCUCAAGAUUCGGAAUAUGCUGUGAUUAGUCUAUAUAUAGAUGGCAAGGCUCAAGUCUGGAGUAUGCGGAUACUGUGGUGUUUGAAUGGCCUAGGGUUGUACCUAUCAUCCCACAACAGCCAAACCAGUCAGAUAGUAAUGUACCCUGGGGAAUCAGCUGAGUCAUUUCAACAGCUUCAGACUCGAUAAAUACAGGCUCUGCAGGCUCAGCAGCCGAAUGUGGAAGUCUGCAAUUGUAGGCAACUUAUUUGCUGAAGAAAUGACAACUCAUGGAUCCGUUUAAGCUUUGACUGGUAGCCAUAACUAUCAAAGAGCGGCACUAAACUUCUAGCACGUUUUAUUUUCAACAUCUCUGCAACUCUUUUCACUUGUGAGAUUUUUUUUUUUCAUUGCAGCGGACAUUUGGCAUCUUCAGAAACUUUAUUCAUAUUUACGUGCUUGUGAAGAAUUCUCGAGGAAUUUUUCGAUAUUUUCAAUACGGAGAUUUCUAUCAGCUGUCUGAUGAAAUAAAAAGAAAAAAAAGGUUAUUGAUGAUGGCUGGGAUGCAGAGAUGUGACAAGAUGGUUUUUCUUCUGAUGUCUUUGCUGGCACUGUUUGUGGAGUUGGUGACUGAGACCUUGGUGAAGCAGCAUUCCCAUUCGAGCUUUAUCCAUCGGAGACUGAACAACAGGGAGAAGCGAGAGAUGCAAAAAGAGAUCUUGUCUAUUCUGGGCCUACCUCGCCGACCCAAACCUCUGCUCUCCAUCAAACAAUUGGCUUCUGCCCCAGUCUUCAUGCUGGAUCUUUAUCGUACUGUGGCCACUGAAGAGUCAGACCAGUGGCAGGGGGCUUUGUUGCCUUUCCAGGUGUUCCAGACCACACACAGAGCCCUGGAACAGACAUUCCUCCGUCAAGCAGAUACUGUUAUGAGCUUUGUUAAUGUAGUGGAGCACAAUGAAGAUGCCUUUCACAAUGAGGCACAGUGGAAGGAAUUUAAGUUUGAUUUAACUCAGAUUCCUCAAGGUGAAAUGGUAACUGCAGCAGAGUUUAGAAUCUACAAAGGAAUAAAUCAGAGUUUUCAUGGAAACAUGACUCUUCACAUCACAAUUUACCAAGUGCUGCAGGAGUUCAAGGACAGAGAACCAGAGCUCCUCCUAUUGGACUAUCAAGAAGUGUGGCCAUCGGAAGAAGGGUGGCUUGAGUUUGACAUCACAGCAACGAGUAAUCACUGGCUGAUGAACCCUCGUUAUAAUCUUGGCCUGCGCCUCUGUGUGCAGACUGAUGAAGCUCCAGGGCACAGUCUCAACCCCGAUUUUAUUGGUCUGGUCGGACGACGAGGGAUCCGAUCCAAACAGCCUUUCAUGGUGACUUUCUUCAGAGCAAGUGAGGCACCUGUUCGUACAACACGGGCUACAAAACCACGCAGAGGUCGUAAGAAAUAUAGUCAAUCGCAGGAAUCCUGCGAAAGACUGCCCAGUGUGUCAGGAGCCCAUAAUUCUGGAGAUCAGAGGCGAGUAUGCAAGAGGCAUGAAAUGUAUGUUAGCUUCCGAGAUCUUGGCUGGCAGGACUGGAUAAUUGCUCCAGAUGGCUAUGCAGCGUUUUAUUGUGAGGGAGAAUGUUCAUUUCCCCUUGACUCCCACAUGAAUGCAACCAACCAUGCGAUUGUGCAGACACUGGCUCACCUGUUGAAGCCAGACACGGUUCCAAAGCCAUGCUGUGCACCAACCAAACUCAGUGCUACAUCAGUGCUCUACUUUGAUGAGAAAUAUAAUGUGAUAUUAAAAAAGUACCGGAAUAUGGUGGCAAAGUCCUGCGGCUGUCAGUGAAAAAUCUCCACAUAUGGUGCAAGUAUUUAAUGUAUGAGGCAGCUGGAAUAAUAAAAGGAUGCAAUGAAGACAA